UACAAGGAUAUAUUAAUAAAUUAAUGCAGCUGUAAAGCAUAUCAUUAACUGUUUACAUAAAACCAGCACCCUGUCCAACACUAAGUGACCCGUUUCGGGGGAGCGUAAACGUUUCAACUAAUGGAGCCGUUACAACAGCUACAUAUGGUUGUGAUGAUACCUAUACGCUGAGUGGAAAUGAAACAAGAAUAUGUCAAACAAAUGGUGAAUGGUCUGACAGUGAACCGUCAUGUGCCUGCCCAAUCCCUAGUGGUGUAUCCAAUGGAAAUGUAGAAGUAGGAAAUGGAGGACUCACUGUGACAUUUACCUGCAACGCUGGCCAUGUUCUUGUUGGAAGUUCCGCUUUGACCUGCAACACAGUGACAAAUAUCUGGUCCGACGCGUAUCCUACUUGUGAGAAGUGUGAAACACUAGCCGCACCAAGCGACGGAUCAGUUACUAUAACAAGUGUCGGUUUGACUUCGGUUGCAUCAUAUGCCUGUGGUGCUGGUACAACUUUGAACGGAGAUUCUUCUAGAACAUGCAAUACUGACACAACUUGGACAAACGCCGCACCAACAUGCAUGGCCACAGCUUCACCGUCCGAGAGCAAUAGUGGGGACAGUGGUGGCAGUAAUUUAUUACCAGCUGUUAUUGUUCUUGCCAUCCUAGCUUUGUGCUUAGGAAUUGCAUUUGGUCUAUCAGUAUUUUAUAUAUGGAAACAGAAGGAAAACGCACAAUGUUCAAGUAAUACUAAAGCAUCAAACCAGAACGGAAAUUUUUCGUAUAAUUUCCCAGCUUCCAAAGCACCAAUGGAUCAUUCCCAACAUAUAAUGGACUUUCGAAACACGUCCUCCGCAAUGUCUGCACCAAUGAGUCAUCAUCCAUCACCAAGAAUGGAUUCAAUAACACCACGAUCUCUGUCCACAACUGUUUCUUCGAACAGCCUUCAUUUGAGCCAUUUGAACCUUAUAAGAGAAGAUACGACAAGCUCGGUAAUAUUUGAUCAAAACAACCCUGCACCUUGGAUCAAGAGGCCAAAACACGAACAUGGCACCAGUUUGAGUACUGGACUUUUUCCACCAAUCACAGAAUCUGGAACGAAUUUAACCAGUCCGAGAGGAAAUAAUAACACCGGGCAGAAACAUCCUAGGAAAAAGAAACAAUCAUUUACCAAAAAGAUGCAACGACAAAAUUCAAUCAAUGCUAGUAAAACUGAUGUGUCGGAUAAAGAACAAGGGAAAUCGAGAAUAGUAAAAGCGGAAUCGGUUAAGCCCAUGUCAAGACCAAAAGUUACGGUCAAUCGUAACGGCUCCAUACCGAAAAGUAUUGGAACUGCUAGUAAUGGUGGUAUGGCUGUGCCAAAGUUGAAACUUUCUGAACAGCCCGCACGAGCAUCGACACCAGUGAAUCAUCAGAUUGAAGUGAAAGAUCCCGACCAAUGUAGAACACCUAGAUCAAAUAAGUUUCCUACUGUUCAAUAAACUAUGUUAUUUAUGAAUUGUUAAUGUUACCUUGUUGAAAAGGUACGAAUGUUGUCGUGUUGGUUUUAGUAUUACGUUUGAUGUUUUGUACUUUGACAGAAACAUAACAAAUAAAAUAAAUACAUUGUGAAACAGGGUUUUUGUGAAAAUGAUGUGAAAUAUGCACGCAUGCCAAUAGUGUUGACAUUUUAAAUCUCUUGCACGAAAGGUAGGGUUAACUGACAUGACUGUCGUAUAUCUUUUUAAAGCGGUUUUUCUUUUUCUAAAUCAAUCUGGCAAUUGUGAAUGAAAAUUGAUACAAUUAUUUGUUGAGGGCUGGGGAAAUUUUUAAAUUUGGCAACAUUACAACAAUUUUGCUUGUCAUGGCAAAAUCCUGUUUAACUAAAGUAUUUAUCUUAAAUAUUUGAAGAACUGAUAUCUAGGACGAUGUUUUCUAAAUUGUUAAAAGAAUUCGACCAUCACAAAGUGGUGACUUAUGUUUUUACUAUUAUAUAACUUUAUAAAAACAUCAGUAUUGAUAUUCUUCAAAAGUACAAGGCUUACAAGAAGAUAUUUUAUAUCUAAAUUUAUUGAACAGAUUAGAGACCAUAUGCCAAUCUUUACUUGAAAAGGAGUAUAUACAUCCUCAUAAAUUUGUAAAAUUUUUAAGUAAAACUAAGGCAUAUAUGAUUGCUUUUGCUAAAUAUUCAAUUACAUUACCUUUUAGCAGAUUUCACCAUAUUUCACCUUUAAUAAAUAAAUCUAGAAACUAAGAGAAAAGCAGUUAAGAUAAUUCAGUUUACUAGCGAACAGGACUGUAUAACUAUCAGAAAAGUAUAUUUUGCACAAUUUGUGGUCCAUUCGAUAUAUACAUAUAAUAGACGACAGUAGAGGACCUAAACUGUGUUUUCCAUUUCACUGUUUCUUAUGAACAGAUUCAGUCAAACUGAUUCUGCUAAUUGUUCUGCCUGGCUGUGCUCUAUGCUUCUAACAGAUAUUUACAUAUCUAUGUUAAUGUUUAACAUUGGGAUUAUAUCGUUCUCGCAACAAUGGGAGCACAAUAUAGUUGUGCUGUUCUUUCUUUAGUUAAGCACGGCAGGAUGAAAGAACGAUAUUCAUGUACAUGUUCAUGCAAAAAUCGUCUUUAAGCGAAGACAGUUUUUAAUAUAUCGUUUGUCGUUCUUUUGCCCCUACAACAUUAAAACUGAGUUUUGUCAGUCAGUUUAACAUUGCGUUUGUACCAUUUUGAGGCAUACAAGAGCUAUGAAAUUAUUCAUAUUCAUCCGUGUCAUAAAACGUUUUACAGUGAUGCAGCUAUUUUUAUGACCUGUAUUUAUAUGAUGUUGAAAGGUGAACAGUUGGAAACUGUCUUUAAUUUCCCUGUUAUUCAGUUAUUACAAGUAAAGUGGACCAAAACUGUGCGUAUGUUGUAAACAUAUCUACAACGUUUCGAGUGUAAACAAACAUACAGCGUAAAAA